UAAAUUCUCAGCACGGACAUACACCAGUCACACCGGAAAAGAAGUAUUUGGAAAGCAAAGCAGAGCCUGCGCAAUACUGCUGUUCCCUUUGACCCCCACUGAAAAUAUUCCAAGUAUUUGAUGAGCUGCAAAGCGAGAGAGAGAGAGAGUGCAAAUGAGCACGCUGAAAGAAAGCUGCAGAGACGCAGAGACACAGAGUUGGAGAAUGGAGAGGUGCGUGGAGCGUCAGGGAGCUUUGGUCUGGAUACAAGUCAUCCAAACUGUUUUUAACUCGCCAGAGAGCACCCACUAAAACUGGAGAAUCACAGGGUCGAAACGGAAUGGCUGAUCCUCUGCGGAGGACAUUACUAGCAAAACUUCGGGGGAAGAAAUCCAAGAAAGGGACGCCAGCCGGGGGUUUCAGCGUUGCUGCUGCUUCUGCUGCAAAUGGUGGUAAUCGUGAAGGUAAAGAAAAAUUUUUGCAGCUGCAGCAGGGAGACGAGCAACACGAACAGGCUAUGGUGGUCAGCAGUGCUGGAGGUGUGAGUGUUCUGCAAAACACGAUGUGGGUUCAAGAUAGCUGCAUAAAUGGUGAUUUUGAUGUUAAGAGGGAGGUCAGUUUGCUACGUGAAAGCGUGGUUGUUGGGACUGCAUCUUCUCAUAGCGAGACCCUGAUGCACCCGAUAAACAGACGGGGGAUUGUACAGAGCAGCGAGGAGUUUCACUUUAGAACUCGAGUUAAUGAACAGCUCUUUGCGGUCUCCUUAAGAGAUGCCAAUGCAAAAGGUAGCAAAGCAGGCAGAUUGAGAAGUUGUAAUGAGCAAGAUUCCAGUUUCAUGAGACUAGCGGUACCAGUGUCAUUGGGUGAACCAGAGGGACAGAAGCAAAUUACCCGAGACUCGUAUUCCAGAGACUCGAUCGGAUUUGGGAUUUGUGAAAAUCACGGUUUACCAGAAAGGGCUUCUUCAGAUGCGGUGACAACUGCUAGUACGAAUUUGACAGGUGGCCAAUAUUUUGUUUCUGAGAGUAAAAAUAUGGGUAAAGAAAAAUAUCCUGUGACCCUCGGGGACGAGACGGAUUUUUUCCAGCAAUCUGAUUACGAUUUUGGAUUUAUAGGGAAUUUUGUUAAGAGAACAGAGCCAAACUUCACUGCUGAUUUUAAUAGAAACCACGAAACAGAUGUGCAAGUGAAUGAGACAGAAAUGUACACCUUUGCUGCGCCAGCAGAGUGCUUGCGACAUGCCACCGGUACGUUGGAAGAGAGCUCGUUGAUCAAACACACAGAACGUUAUGUCAGUGGCUUGACAUAUUCCAGAGAAUACAGUGCAGUUAAUUUGCAAAAUCCAGCAUUUUUCCCAAUUGAUUUGGAGAAUUUAGUCCCCAGCCUUGCUUGCCAGAAUUACGCAAGUUUAGAACCAAGGGAGGGAAUCCAACGACACAAUUCAAUAGACAGUGAAGAUGAUGAUUAUUAUGAUAACGAAACACUAUUGUGCUAUGAGCCUGAAAUUAAAAACUAUCAAAUACAUAAUAAUACUAAUAAUAAUACCUCGAAGGAUACCCCCAUUUCCAGUUUAGUCACUUGUGAAACUGGAGACGGUUUCGGUAAAGGUGCAAAUUACAAUGCAGAGGAGACUGACAGGCUCAGGACUCAGCUAAACGAAGCAUAUUUUUUGCUUAUAAACGCAAUGCACGACAUCAGCAUCAACAGUCAGCCAGGUAGCAAUGGGUUUUGUGAUGACUUGAACACGUCGAGUUGUCAUUCACAAGAUAGUGUUUGCACACACUCUUCUGCCAGGGCUUUAGAUAGUGAUGCAUGGUCUUUUGGAGACAGUCCUCCACAUGUAUCCGAUACCGAUUCUUUGUUUGUGAAUCACACAGAAAUCUGCAAUGCCUCUGCUAAAUGGAAAGUAGUCAGCAAAAGCGUUGAAAACUUAUCGGUUGUUGCAACAAGACCACCGUUACUGCAGAGGUCAGUUAGUGCUGGAGAUAUCAAAUACGCCACAGAGCAUGCUUUAGGCAGUACGCAUGAUUUAAAAAACAAUACUUGCCCUGUUUCCAAUGAUACACGAGAUGGUGAAACUGAAAUACACUACCUGGUUGCAGAAAACAGCUACGCUAAGCGCCUGUCCUCUUAUGAUGGCGUAAGUAGCGACGAUUUAUUGCAAGAAUACGGGGACAACGCGCUGCUGAUUGUGAGCAGUGGUUCUGUGACAAGUUCCACAGGCUCAAGGGAUACCGUUGAAGUCAUGGACAGUAAAAUAGACGAUUGCAACGAGGGUCAGGUGAAUUCUGCAAAGCCACUCGGGGUGACGGUCAACAAGAUGCAGCAGUGGAUACACAAAGGACGCUUGUUGUCCUCAGAAAUGAAACAGCGCAUCACCGGCUCUUCUCUCAGGGGUAGAGGGUCUUCGAGGUCGCCCCGAGGUCAGGCUGUCAAGAAAGAAAAAGGUGCAACGAAGACGUCACCGGGAGGGCAAGGAAGCAACUCUGGUUCUAACAGCCAGACAAUCCUGCAGACAGACCUAAUUGAGAAUGUGCGCAACUCGAGCAUGGGUCGCAGGGAUCGAAGAGUGAUCAUGUGUAAAGAGGUCAACGAGCCCAAGCCCCCUGUCAACAGUAUCACCGUGUCGAAGAAGCGCAACUGGCUGGAGCAGAGCUCCUAUAAACCCCAGUCUCACGAGGAGUGUGCCGCUGCCACGGAGGACGAUUGUGGUCACGUGGCCAAUCCAUCUAGCUCUGAAAACCCACGGCAGAGUGGGACCUGUGCCACACUGCCAGCAGGACAGGGGGAUAGGACUGUGCACAUCACUGUGAGCCCCACUCUCACCUGUCCACGCACUGUAGACCCUGCUGAGGAAAAUGACGCAGACGAUGAAGGAGACAUUUGGUACAACCCCAUCCCAGAGGAUGAGGAGCCUGAGCUGCUCCAGGGGCUUUGCCCUGCUGCAAAGCGUAAGAACUCGCAAGCUCUCCAUUCCCUGGUCCCAGUCUGUAGCCAGAGGAAACUGAGCAAUGGGGACUCGGUUAAGGGGCUGGAGUCCACCACGGCUGGGAGCUCCCCAUACUCCUCUCAGAUUCCGGGGGACUGUCAGGCUGUUCCAACCAGCGAGAUAAAUCUUGCAAAUUCCGUACAUUCCACUGAGCGUUUGCAGCUGCACAGGCAGUUGUUUGCAUGCAAACUAGGGAGUGGGGCGGCUAUAGAAGAGAAUCCAGCUCCCAAGCCCAGCACUGCAAUUACUGGCCCUACAGACUGUACCUACACGUCAGACCCGGGGUUUUCACCCCCUUCCAGCCCAAACCCCUUGAAGAAGGGAGGCUCCAUCAACUGGUCCUUUCCAGAGAAGAUUAAAUCCCCCAGAACUGUUAGGAAACUAUCAAUAAAAAUGAAGAAACUGCCGGAGCUCAGUAGGAAGCUGAGUGUGAAAGGGACCUCCAAUAGCAGCCACCCUGAGCCCCAACCAGCCUCUCCCAAAAGCAGUGGGAGCAGCAGCGGGACAGAGUACACUCAGGAUCCGCCACUGUCUCCAGGGAGCAGCACGGCAGCCAGCAGGAAUGUCAUCUCUCGCUACCACCUGGACAGUAGUGUAUCCACCCAGCACAGCUACAAGAAGAAGAAUGACACAGGAAGCUCCAAGUCGGCCAGUAAGGGGGGCUACCUGAGCGAUGGUGACUCCCCGGAACUGGUGACAAAAUCGGGCAAGCACAAAUCCGAAAGCAAAUCUGGUAAAAGCAAAGAGCCCCCUACCAACAAUCACAAAGUCCAUGUCACAGAAAUUGACAUUGAUGCCUUCCGGCAUUAUAGCUUUGCCGACAAGCCUAAAUGCUCACAGUAUAUAUCUGGACUUGUGAGCGUGCACUUCUACGGAGCCGAGGACCUGAAGUCCCCAAGAAUCGACUCCAAAGAAGUCUACUGUGCCAUUCAGGUGGACUCAGUCAACAAAGCCCGGACUGCUUUGCUGACUUGCAAGACUACUUUUUUGGACAUGGACCACACAUUUAACAUUGAACUAGAGAACGCCCAGCACUUGAAGCUGGUAGUCUUUAGCUGGGAGCCCAUGCCCAAGAGGAACAGGGUCUGCUGCCAUGGGACAGUAGUACUACCCACGCUCUUCAGGGUCACCAGGACCCAUCAGCUGGCUGUGAAACUGGAGCCGAGGGGGAAGAUCUACGUGAAGCUGAACCUGAUGGAGCAGUGGCAGAACUCCCUGGACUGCCUUGGCAGGGAGCGGGAGCCAACAGUGUUUGGUGUGGAGGCCUGGAAGCUGGUGGAGAAGGAGAAUGCUGGGAUCAUGGUGCCCCUGCUGAUUGAGAAGUGCAUCACGGAGAUCGAGAAUAGAGGCUGUCAGGUUGUUGGAUUGUAUCGCCUCUGUGGUUCAGCGGCAGUGAAGAAGGAGCUCCGUGAGGCCUUCGAGAGGGACAGCAAGUCUGUGGAGCUCUCUGAAAACCAGUAUCCCGACAUCAACGUCAUCACAGGUGUUCUCAAGGACUAUUUGAGAGAGCUGCCAUUUCCUCUGAUAACAAAACAGUUGUACGAAGCUGUGCUGGAUGCCAUGGUUAAGAGACCUCUCAGGAUUGGCCCCAGUGGGUGUGAAAAUGAACAGUGUGACUCGGAAUACACAGUCAGUCUCUUGGAGCACUUGCCCGAAGUGGAGAAGGUUACUUUGAGGAUGCUGCUGGAUCACCUGAAGCGAGUGGCGUCCUACCAUGAAGUAAACAAGAUGACCUGCCAGAACCUGGCUGUGUGUUUUGGGCCAGUUUUGCUCAGCCAGCGACAGGAGACUUCUCACUAUAGCAACCGAGUGUUCAUUGACUCCGAGGAGCUGGCCAGCGCUCUUGACUUCAAGAAACACAUUGAGGUGCUGCAUUACCUUCUCCAACUCUGGCCAGGAUGCAGGUAACAAUGGAGGAAAGCAUUAGUGGAUGAAACACAUAGUGUAAGGAGAAGUGCAGGUAACUGGGUACCUGUGUGAGUGUUCAAACUGAAGUGAGCUUGUCGAGACAACCCAAUAAUGCAUUAGAUUGCUUUAAAUAAUGGCAAUGAAAUCAAACUGCACUGAACUGAAUUUAAGUGGGGUGGCUGUGCUUGUUCGUUUGUUUUUUACAGGAAUGGAGUCAUUGACCUAAAAACGCUGCAGUGCUGAGCAUGUUUUUCUUUAGGCAUUUAACCAAGGUUUUAACUGUACCCGCUUGCAGAUGCAGAAAGCAGAUUGAAAGUCAUGGCAGCCCGCAUACACUGUAGUGCAUGUAAAACGUGGUUAAAUGUACCUUACAGUACAACCAUAAUAAUAAUAAGAAGCACCCAAUCAUAAAUUCUAUGUGAACAUUCACGAAUCUAAAGUAGACAAAACAUUUCACUAAUGAUUAAACACAUUAACUCAUUAGACAAAAUGUUUGUUUACAUUUGAGCUACAUUUACUACUUGUUUAAACCUAUGGUUGUAGUGAUUUGUACAGUUUUGUUUGAACAUUAAAAUCUUUAUAUGGAGGGUAUUUGCUGAAUGUGUUUGAAAUUGCUGGCAUGCUUUUUGAUGCACGGACGGGUUUGUUCACUGAACCUCAGAUUAACACUUAGCAACACCUUGUUGUUCAGUUUUCUAAACUGAGAACUUUGUAUGUAAACAUGUGCCAUUAUCCUUCUC